CCCGAGGUCGCAGCUUCCACUGGCGCGGGUUGAGUUCCCUGUUGCCCUUGGUCUCGGGGUCGCUGUCGGCGCUGAGGCUGCAGAUGCAAUUUAUUUAUUUUAUUGAGAUGGAGUCUUGCUCUGUCACCGAGGCUGAAGUACAGCGGCACGAUCUUGGCUCACUGCAACCUCCGCCUCCUAGGUUCAAGCAAUUCUCCUGCCUCAGCCUCUCCAGUAGCUGGGAUAACAGACGCGCACCACCACACCCGGCUAAUUUUUGUGCUUUUAGUAGAAAUGGGGUUUCGCCAUGUUGGCCAGGCUGGUCUCGAACUCCUAAUCUCAAGUGAUCUGCCCACCUCAGCAUCCCAAAGUGCUAGGAUUACAGCUAUUAUGGUGAACUUACUUCAGAUUGUGCGGGACCACUGGGUUCAUGUUCUUGUUCCUAUGGGAUUUGUCAUUGGAUGUUAUUUAGACAGGAAGAGUGAUGAACGGCUAACUGCCUUCCGGAACAAGAGUAUGUUAUUUAAAAGGGAAUUGCAACCCAGUGAAGAAGUUACCUGGAAGUGAAGACUGGCUGGAUUAUCAAAUGUUCACAUUUUAAAGUUCUGAGAGAAAUAAAAACAUGAAGAAUCUGAAA